AUAAUUAUGUAUUACAUUUAAUAGUGUUUAAUGUUAAAUGUUAGUACAAUUUUGAUAAACUCUGAACAGUUAAUAAUUUACAUGAAGUUAUGGAUCUAAGCACUAGUUUCAAUAACUUCAAGUAUGAACACUUUCCGAUUGUGUGUCCGACUUGUGAAGGUACAGGAAAAACGUACCCAGACAUUAACAAAGAGAUGGUGACAUUUAUUCCUGUUAAAGAUAAAAGAUUACGUCCUGCACAUAUUAAACUCAAGAUUUUCUUGCUUAUCUUUUUUCUUAUAAGCACUGGAGUAACUACUGUUUAUUUCAUUUAUCCUCGAGAUAUAGAGUUUUACAUAAAUGAUUUACCUGACCUUAAAAAUUUUACAUUUACUUCAAGUAGUUCUUCUAUGAUUUACAAGGCUUGCAUCUUUUUUAAAAAUAACAACUACUAUUCUGUCCAUAUUUACAAUGGAACAGUUCAACUUUCAUACAAUGAGUUUGUUGUUGCUGUGGCUACAAUUCCUCCUAUGGUUGUUGAUUUAAGGAAGGAAGUAAAUGUGCCAGUCUAUUUAGAAGCUGUUUAUGAUGAAGAUGCUGGGAAACAUAUUAACAAAGUCUGCUAUAACAACCGAAGUUUUUUUGGGCAAGACAUUCAAAUGUCGGCUGCUUAUUCCAGUUGGCUACAUUCUGAUCGCAUAUCGGGGCAGAAUUACUACUUUUAUGUUGAUUGUAGUUAUUUGAUAUUUCCCAUGCCUACUAAAAAUCCAGUUAAAAAAUAAUAAUAGAUUUGUAAAUAAUCGUAAAUGUAAAUAAGCUUUUUAGAAAAA